AACCUCUCUAAUCAUAAUUAAAUUAUGACAUCGUAUGUAUCCACAUUACCGUUAACUUGAUGGUAUAUACAUAUAUAAUUUUUUAUAAUUUGACGUUAGCCAUUCUCGUCAUAGACCGAAGAAUUGAUUUACAGUACGAGUUUUAUAAUAUGGAUUUUAACGUAUAUUAUGACUGUCUACUGACACUGUAGAGGAGUAUUAUGUGACAUUUGUGGCGUUUGUAUUGCUUUAGUCAACUUUUUACUGGCUUCUGAUAGAAACGCGACUAAAUCGUACUGUGAAACACGGAUGCCGUUUUCUUACGCUUGGCUGACGAAGCAAGAAGAGUGACAAUCGCAUAGGUGACCCAACAGGGGCUUGUCGCGAAGACGCAACGGAAUAAAAUUUGAUUCGACAAAAUGUCCAGCGUUUCGUGUUUUCUCUUUUGUAUUCUUUGGAUAACUGUAUUUGACAAAGUGCAACUUACAAAUACCGAAGAUGUUCUGGAUAAGAUAAAGGCAGGAUUACAGCAUGCAAGUAACUAUCUAGAGACGGCUAAAGACAUUGCCGACUUGGUGUCUAAGAGUUUAGGUCAUAAGGAAAAACGCAGAGAAAACGGAAAUAAUAAAAAACAACCGUUUGGUCCUUCAAAUUUUGUUUCUGCAUUCUUUCGACUCAUUGGAUUUGAUUCGCAAAAAAUCGCAGCAAUCGCAGUCAAUAGUGUUGUAUUUCUUGCACAAAUGAUAAGUACGCUUUUUGGACUGAAAUCGUCGCAAAGUAACAUUUCCAGAAGCAUGGACAACGAAGAAUUGGCAUGGGAUCCGUUAAGAUUUACUUUAGAAAAUAAAAAUAAAAAUGUUCGAAAUUUAGUUGAGCAAGCAAAGAAUCCGAAUUUACCAAAUCAGUUGAUAGCGAGAAUGACUGGCUCUGAUUCUGCUUGCAUUCGAUUAUUACUAUGCAAAUCAUCUCCAAUCAUAAAAGCAGUGCAAACAUCUCUUAAUAAUAAAUUGCAGAAUUAUAUGCAUCGAAUGAUUGCGUGGUUACCAUCUAAAAAGGAUUUUGAAGCAAACAGCGACGAAUGUGAAGAAAAUCAUAUCGAUUGUCGUUUAUUUUUGUCAUCAUAAUUAUAAUUAAUUCAACUUAU